AUGGAGGGUGAUCCAUUGAAAAUGAAGCAAUUUGUAUUGAGCAAGCUCGGGGAAGUACCUGAUACAGCCAAGGCUGCCAUAGGGAUCACUCCAUUAGAGAGUAUCAUAGCUACUCCAUUAAGGUUCAGACAUCCAUGGGAACUGCUAUGGGGAAACAUCAGCAAAGGCAAUGUCUGUGUAGCUGGAGACGCGCUCCACCCCAUGACACCGGACAUUGGCCAAGGCGGAUGUGCAGCCUUGGAAGACGGUGUCCUCUUAGUGAGGUGUUUGGCUGAAGCUUUAAGAAAAGAACCAAGUGGUGAAACACAAGAGAAAGAGGAAGAAAAUGAAUAUAAGAGGAUUAAGAAGGGGUUGGAGAAGUAUGCUAGAGAGAGAAGAUGGAGAAGCUUUGAUCUCAUUUGUACAGCUUAUAUGGUGGGCUUCAUAGAGCAAAGUAAUGGGAAAGUGACGAGCUUUUUGAGAGAAAUUUUUGGCUGGAUUCAUGUCUGGGUUGCCCCUGAAAAGG